UUGAUCCCUCCCUGUACACCACCCCUUUGGUAUAAAAGACCUUUUUACACCUCUAUACAGUUCAGAAUACUCUAAUGUCAGGAUCCGCUGAAAAACUACGAGAUGAAUCCUGGACAGUUCUGCGGGAUCUGUGCGACGCUCUUUACCCAUUUUAUUCUGUUGGUGUCUGCAGGCCAGAAAACCAUCACAGCUGAGUCUGGACAGAAUGUCACUCUCCCAUGCCAAGCUCCACACAACAACAUCAUCGUUGUAGAGUGGAGCAGAGCCGACCUGCAGCCAGAUUAUGUCCUCUUGUACCGGGAUGAGCGGUUUGAUCCAGAAAACCAGCAUCAAUCUUUUAAGAACCGGGUGGAUCUGCAGGACAGACAGAUGAAGGAUGGAGACGUGUCUCUGAUUCUGAACAAUGUGACGACUGCAGAUGCUGGAACAUAUGAGUGUCGUGUCUUCAUGAGAGGAGCAAACCGCAGGAAGAGAGCUCAUCUGAAGACUGAGCCCAUCACCACCAUCAGGUUAAAUGUUCUUCCAGGUCAGACAGGAGGACACACAGAGGAUGGAGGGAAGGAGGAUGGAUCUGUUGGACUGAUAGUCAGUCUGUUAGUUCCUGCUGUGCUUCUUGUUGCUGCUGUUGUUUUUUUGAUCUACAGAAAACAUAAACAACAACAGAAUAAGGAUUCCUACCAGCCUCCAGCCUGAACAGCAGCCUGUUUGAAAUGUGUCAGAACUUCUUUUUUUCCUCCUCUGAGUCUCCUGAUUCUCUUCCAGCUUCUCCAAGGUGACACUGAGCAUUCAGGGUAAAGACAUUUGAAAAUGUCCUGACAUUAAUUUCCACAACAUCCAAGUUUUGAUGUUAAGUAUCUGAAAUUAGACUAAAAAUGUAUUUAUUCCAAACAGAUUUUUUUGUGCUUCAGGAAAUGUAAAUUAGUUAUUAUAAGUGAAACAGGAGCAGACUGAUAUGCCACUGUGCCUUCAAGAAGUGCCAAAAUAAGAUUUUCAUUAAUUUUUGUAAUUUUCUUUUUCUUUGGUGUAAAACAUCAACAAACAUUUUCAUAUUUUAUGUUUAAACGUUCAUUGAGUUUUUAAGAAGUAGAAAACUGUCCCAAAGUUACAGUUGUGCCUUUAGCUCCUCACUCGCUCAUCGACCUUCAUGAACACCAGCUGAAGUCUUCAUAAGAAGUUUAGUUUAUCAGACUAAACUUGUCUUUAUACUGUGAGCCGUAGCUGUAGCUGCUACUUCCUGCUCUCGACCUCCUGCUGAGCUAACGUCAAACUACCUGCUGCUUCACUUUAAACAGAUAAAA